CCCCCUCCUCCUCAUCCUCCUCACCUGCCUGGGCGUCCUCGGUAGGGACAGGGACACGGCGGGGACGGGGGGACCCCCGGGCACAGCCACCCCCUACCCCAUGUCCCCUGGGUGUCCCCAAAUGCCACAUCUCUGGUGUUCCCAGAGUGGGGGGUGGAGCCGGGGGGGGGUCCCCAAGUGUUGUGUCACCCCGUCCCUGCGGCGGGGGGUCCCCGGUGUCAUUGUGACCCCUGGGGUGGGGUGUCCCGGGUGGGCUGUCCCCCGUGUCCCGGGAUGCCACAUUCCCCAUGUCCCCCGCCUGGCUGGGGGGGACUGUUGGCCCCUGGUGUCCCCAGGUCCCGUGUCCCUGAUUUUGGGGGGUUCCUGGGUGGGGGGUCCCCGCAUGGGGGUGUCCCUGGUGUCCCCCAUCCAGGACUGCGCUGGACAAGGGCCCGCAAGGGACACCCACCGCGGGGGGGGCGGAGAAUGGGGGUCCCCCCGGAGCCCCCCAGCCCGGACCUGCCUGCGCUGCACUUCCUGCAGGUGCUGCAGUCGGGGGCGCUUCUCGGCCGUGUGGCGGGGCACGCUGCGCCAGCGGCCCGUGGCCAUCAAGGCGUUCGCGGCCGGGGCCGGCCGGAGGUUCGCGGCCGAGCGCGCCGUGCACGCCCUGCCGCUGAUGGAGCACGAGAACGUGGCCCGGCUGCUGCACACCCGGGCGGCCGCGCCCCGAGCCCGGGGGGGGCUCCUGGUGCUGCAGCUCUACCCGGCCGGCUCCCUGCGCCACUUCCUGGGGCAGCACGUGGGCACCUGGGCGGGCAGCAUGCGCCUGGCGCUGUCCCUGGCCCGCGGCCUGGCCUUCCUGCACCAGGAGCUGUGGCGUGACGGGCUGUACAAGCCCAGCGUGGUGCACCGGGACCUGAGCAGCCAGAACGUGCUGGUGCGGGAGGAUGGCACCUGUGCCAUCGGCGACUUCGGGCUGGCGCUGGCGCUGCCACCGUGCGCCCAGGACAGCGCCAGCAGCCGGCACGCCGUGGCCAUCCGCAAGGCGGGCACCCAGCGGUACCUGGCACCCGAGAUCCUGGACGAGAGCCUGGACCUGCGGGCCUGGGGCCGGGCGCUGCGCCAGGCCGAUGUCUACGCGCUGGCGCUGCUGCUCUGGGAGAUCCUGUCCCGCUGCCAGGCGCUGAGCCCCGGAGCCCCGGUGCCGCCGUUCCGGCUGGCGUACGAGGCCGAGCUGGGCUCCAGCCCCAGCGGGGCUCAGCUGCGGCGCUUGGCCGCGGACGAGAGGCGGCGGCCGCUCAUCCCGCCCGCCUGGCACCGCACGCCGCAGCCCGGGGGGGCUCUGCCGGAGCUGCUGGAGGAUUGCUGGGACCCGGACCCCGAGGCGCGGCUCUCGGCCGAGCGGGCGCUGCAGCGGCUCCAGCGCUUGGCCGCGGGGCCCGCACCGGCCCCGGGGGACCCCGGCCCGGGGGCCGCCCCCCGCCAGGUCCCGGAGUCUCCCACCAUGUGGAACCCUGGUGCAGGACAGCCGCCCCCCCCCAACCCCGUGUACCCCCCGAACCCCACGUACCCCCCCCAGGUCCCACCCCCCAACCCCGUGUACCCCCCGCCCGCGGCGCCCCCCAACCCGCUGGGGGGGCCAGGGCAGCCCCCGUACCCCGCUGGGCCCCCCCCGUUCCCCCCGGGGCCCCCUCUGGCCCCCUCGGGCCCCCCCUUGGGUCCCCCCCCGCCGCAGCCCCCCCACCCGGGGGUGCUCCCCCACCCGGGGGUGCUCCCCUCGUUCCCCCCCGGGCUGGACAAGAAGGCCGCGAAGAAGAUGAAGAAGAGGAUGAAGAAGGCUCACAAGAGGCACAAGCGCUCUUCGUCCUCGUCCUCCUCCUCCAGCAGCUCCGACUGAGCCUCCUGGGACCCCCCAGAAUCACCUGGGACCCGCCAGGACCUCCUGGAACCCCUGGGACCACCAGGAGCCCCCUGGGACCUCUUGGGACCACCUGGAACCCCCAUCCUGUCCCCAUGUCCCCCAUCCCCUGCUGCCGGGGGGGGUCCCGGGGUGUCCCCCUGUCCUCAAUAAAGCUCUGGGACACCCCAA